CGCCGUCGCUCACCCCCACCACUCGACGAGCAGCUGCUGCCGGAUUCGCCACCACCGUCACAGUUCCGCCGCGCCGAUUAGCUCGCACCAGAGCAGAGAGCGCGCAGGAGGCAACGCAUUUGAUACAUAACCCAGUCGUGGCCGUGGAUCUCUCCUUGCCUCGCCCCGGGAUGCAAAGGAGGCAGGUAGGAGGGCGGAGGCGCAGGCGUCGAUGUGGGCCCAGGGGGUAGCAACGGCGGCCAUGGCAGCGUCUGUAUUUCAUCCUUCUGUUCGUGCAUACGGGAGCUGCUCCUUCUGACGUACCAUCGCACACAAGUUGUUUGUAGAAAUGCAAGACUAGAACGCAGGCUCUUUAUGCGUGUGGUCUCAGGCUCUCAGCUCAUCUUACUUGAACACGACGAUGCCCCGCUCAGGUUUUCUAGUGCACACAGGUUCUGUGAGCUGCUCUGCUGCUAAGAAAACGAAAGAAAAGACUUUCUCUGGUCAACAAGCGAGAACCCCUGCCCACAUCUUCUUUCCGAUCCUUCUCCUAGCGCGGCAAUCACGGAGGCGUGGUAGGAGACUGAUUCAGUCUUCCCAGGAGUGGAACUCUGGAUGGGAAAGGCUGCUGGGCUUCGCCAGACCUUCAUCCAAUGAUUCGAUUUCUUGUAUCUUGAUCGCGAGAUUGGUGGCUCUGUCAAGGAAGCUGGAGGACACCAAAUUCAUUGCAUCCUUGAAGGAGACAAAAUUUCUGCUUAACCAAAAGAAGGAAAAAGAAACGAAAUGUUUGGUGAAUCUAGCAGAUGCCGUAACCUGGAAAGUAUGUUACAAGACAUACAAGCAGAACCAUGCAAGCUAUCAUUAGAACGUUUAUCAGAUAUCACAGACAACUUCUCAGAUGAGCGAGAGAUUGGCAGAGGUGGUUUUGGAGUGGUUUAUAAGGGAGUGCUCGAAAAUGGGGAUGUAGUUGCUGUGAAGAAGCUUGUGUCCAUGCCAGGAGUUAAUGAUGUACAAUUUGAGAAUGAGGUUUAUCAUCUUAUGAUGCUUAAGCACAAAAAUAUAGUUCGUUUUCUAGGAUACUGCUUUGAAACACGACAUGUAUGCAUACUACAUAAUGGGAGAUAUUGUUUUGCGGAGAUGCCAGAAAAGUUGCUUUGCUUGGAAUAUCUGCCAAAUGGAAGCCUUGACAGACUUAUUUCAGAUGAAUCUCAUGGACUUGAUUGGUGCAAGCGUUACGAAAUAAUUAGGGGCAUCUGUUCUGGUUUACAUUACCUUCAUGAGGAAAGCCAAACAAAUACUCCGAUAAUACACUUGGAUCUAAAGCCUGGCAAUAUAUUGCUAACAAAUGAGAUGGCGCCGAAAAUUGCAGAUUUUGGUCUCUCCAGACUCUUAGGCGAACAACAAUCUCGAACUUAUGCUACGAAUAUGGGUGGAUCAUUGAGGACUUGUGCUGGAUGCCAUAACCCAAUUGGCCAUGGCCGUUUCUUUAGUUGUAUGGGUUCAGUUUGGCAUCCCGAGUGCUUCAGAUGUUUUGCUUGCAUCAAGCCCAUAUCCGAAUAUGAGUUUUCUAUGCGCAAAGAUCAGCCGUACCACAGAUCCUGCUACAAAGAGUUUUUUCAUCCAAAAUGCGAUGUUUGUGACAACUUUAUUCCAACGAAUAGAGAUGGCCUCAUUGAAUACCGAGCACAUCCUUUCUGGAUGCAGAAGUACUGUCCUUCACAUGAAGAUGAUGGCACUCCUAAGUGCUGCAGUUGUGAACGAAUGGAGGUGUUGCAUAGCGAGAUCAAGUACGUAACAUUAGAUGAUGGGAGGAAACUCUGCUUUGAAUGCCGCCUCAAUUCUUCAAUAAUGGAUACUCCAGAAUGUCAACAUCUUUAUAUGGACAUUCAAGAAUUUUUCGAAGGUUUGAACAUGAAAGUAGAACAGCGAAUUCCUUUACUUUUGGUUGAGAGACAGGCUCUGAAUGAAGCAUUGGAAGCUGAGAAAAAUGUUGUGUUUUGGAAGUGGAUCACCCCAAAGUUGUUGGGUUUAGUAACACAAACAUCGGUUUAUCACUGGUCAAUUGAAGGUGAUUCUGAGCCUGCCAAGAUGUUUGAUAGGACAGCUAACUUGGCAAACAAUCAGAUCAUCAACUAUCGAUGUGACCCAGCAGAGAAGUGGCUUGUGCUUAUUGGAAUUGCACCUGGCGCCCCAGAGAGGCCGCAACUGGUGAAGGGAAAUAUGCAACUUUUUUCUGUUGAUCAACAGCGUAGUCAGGCACUUGAAGCCCAUGCAGCAUCUUUUGCAACAUUUAAGGUUGUUGGUAAUGAGAACCCAUCAACCCUUAUCUGUUUUGCCUCAAAGACAACCAAUGCUGGACAGAUAACUUCAAAGUUGCAUGUUAUUGAACUGGGCGCCCAGCCAGGGAAACCUGGCUUUUCUAAGAAACAAGCCGACCUCUUCUUCCCACCAGAUUUCCAGGAUGAUUUUCCUGUAGCUAUGCAGGUUUCACAAAAGUAUGGGCUUAUAUAUGUAAUUACAAAGCUUGGCCUUUUGUUUGUAUAUGACUUGGAAACUGCCGCAGCAGUGUACAGAAAUAGAAUCAGUCCAGACCCUAUAUUCUUGACAGCAGAAUCUUCCUCAACUGGUGGAUUUUAUGCUAUCAACAGAAGAGGGCAGGUUUUACAUGCCACAGUUAAUGAUGCAACUGUUGUGCCUUUUGUCAGCGGUCAAUUAAACAAUCUUGAACUUGCUGUCAAUCUUGCCAAGAGGGCUAAUCUUCCUGGCGCUGAGAACUUGGUUGUGCAAAGAUUUCAGGAACUGUUUGCGCAGACAAAAUACAAGGAAGCAGCAGAGCUGGCUGCGGAAUCUCCCCAGGGCCUCCUGAGGACGCCUGUGACCGUCGCAAAAUUUCAGUUUUAUUAG